AUGCGUUCAAAACUGUUCCAGACCCCGCCAUACUCUUCAACCAUACGGAAAAAUGGAAGCUUGAGAGGAGAGGGCUAUGCCUUCGAAGUGCUUGAUUUGAUAGCAAAAAAAUUGGACAUAUCGUACGAAAUUGUGCAGCCCAGAACACCAGGUUUAGGGAAUGAAUCGGCAGGUCUUAUAAGUCUGCUAAAAAGCAAGGAGAUCGAUGUAGCGGUUGCAUUCAUUCCAAUGCUAUGGAAAUUUACGGAAUUCACUCGGUACAGUCCCAUUAUGGAUGAGGCGAACAUUGUAGGAAUGAUGGUGAGGCCCGCGGAAUCUGCAUCUGGGUCAGGACUUCUCGCACCAUUUGAUACAACGGUUUGGAUCUGCAUUCUAAUCUCCUUACUUGUUAUUGGACCAAUUAUCUUUCUCUUCACCGCUUUCAGCGAUCUUUUACUCAGAGAUGACAGAAAACGUAGUCCACAAAAGACAUCGGUGGUGCGAGCCACAACAAAUUAA